AAUCAAAAGUAAAAUGGCAAACAUAAUAAUUGCUAUUAUUCUUAUCUUUUGCUAUUUUUAAUCAAAAGUAAAAGAUAAGAAUAAUAUGUGAUAUCAUUCUUAAGAAUGAACAAUCACGUAGCAAUUAGACAUAAUUUUGAGAAAGAGAGAAAUUGAGAAAGAAAGAGAUUGAGAGUGUUUGUUCAUUGGAGUUGAGAUAGGAUUCGAAGAUCGUUGCCAUCCAACGUCGAAUCUUGCCGUGGGAACAAUUCGGAAGAUCAACUCUGGAGUCGAUCACUUCUCGUUUCGCAGGUAUACUUCUUUUACUACCUUGUAGGAUUAUGGUUUUUGUAUGUACUUGUUAGAUAUCCGAAAUGGAUCGUGGGCACACGAACCGUAUAUCAAAAUAUGGUUCCUACAAUAGACAAUGUCGUCGCAUGGACUGAACACAUCACUAUAGCACUUUAUGGCAGCGUCCCGUCUAUGUUGAGAAACAUGUUUGUUGAUUUCAUGGAGAAAAAUGGUCAUUCAAAAAGAGUUCAGAAGCUUAAAAAGGCCAGCAUAGAUAUGUUGGACCUCCCAUGGGUGGACCCCGAAAACGACACUGACUGUGGAAUAUAUGUUAUGCGUCACAUGGAAACUUUUAAGGGGGAGUAUUCAGGCAAAUGGAUAACGGGCAUGAAAAGAAAUAGCAAGCAGCAAAUGCGAUACAUGAGAGUGAAGUAUUGUGCAGCAAUUGUUGGUGCAAGUAGCAAUCUCUUGAAAGAUAAUAUUCUUUCUGAGGCUGAGAAAUAUUGCAGACUUACCAAUGAACUUGGACCGAUCAACAUGGAGAAAAUAUUACUUAGGAAAUUGAGUCUAAAAACAUGAAAUAUGUUAUAGUGAAACUUUAUUUGUUUUUAAAUUUGUUAUGCUUAUUUGCUUUAGACUUUGAUGAGCUCCGAAUUUGGAGGAUUGAAUAUUUAUGUUUUGAAGUGGUGAAUUUUAUUCACUCGUUGAUUCCAAAUUCAAUUAGUUGGGUAGUUGCCCCCAACAUGUUCGAUGAAACACUUAAAUGAAAAUUUUAUCUGGUAGUUGCCAGACCCGCUGCUGCA